GAAUCGAAUGAGCCGGGAGAAAGCCAGUCCAGCCCGCCCGCUGACUCAGCACAAAGGUCACAUGAUAUCAAGCGAGCCGGCGGCAAUGGCGAAGCGCUCGAACCAGCGGGGAGGAGUCAAAAGGCGAUAAGCUUCGUGGGGAAAUUGUCCUAGCUUCGGGUGCUGGGGCUGUUUGUCUCUGUUUUCUUUCCUCUACAUCUUCUUCUCUUCUUCUUGACGUUUGGUUUUUUGGGUGGUUGGGUGAGGGAAAGGGGAAGGGUUGAGGAAAUGGGAGAAAAUACUGGUUAUUUAAUGAAUGAUGGGAUUUGGGGAAUGGGGAUGGGGGGUGAAGUUCCUGGUCUACGUGGUUUCCAGGGGAGCGAGGGGGGAUGGAAAUGGGAGUCUUGGGGAUGCUCCAACGGAGUGGUGGUGGUGACUGAAUGGAUGGAGGAAUUGGAAUGGUCCGGCCUCAGACGGGUAGCGCUAGACUGUUUUGGGGUGGUGUGGCGCGGGCUGCCGGGCGAGUGUUUGUGUGUGUGUGUGUGUGUGUGGCUGGGCGGCACCCGAGUUGGAACUUGGUUUGGUUUGGGUUGGUUUCCCCCCGUCAUGGCUAUUGCUGCUAUUGCUGCUACUGCUGCUGCUACUGCUGCUGCUGCUCAUGCUGAUAUCCAGAUUUUGGGGAACUGCACUGAACUGAUUGAUUGUUCUUUCACUCCUUUCUCUUUUCGCAUUUUCUUUUCUUUUCUUCUCUUUUCUUUUUCUCCCUGGAGAUCUAUCUCACUUGCUUUCCUCUCCCCUCCCCCUGUGCUUAGCAGCUGCAUGCGACGCGUCCCUUCCGGUUGGUCAGUCCGUGAGCCUCGCUCCAUUCAUUUCCCUUCACUCGCCCCGGCACCUCUGCGCAUUGCGCUUCGCCCUCGUCCCCCCGUGUUAUAUAUACGACUGCUCCGGUGACAGGGCCGCACCGGGCCUACUUCUUCCCCAUCCCUUCCUGUUUGUCUUGUCUUCAUUCACCAUUGAUGGCUGCCGAAGCUUGUCACAAUUGUUGGUUUUC